UAUUAAAGGCUUUAUUUCUGGUGUCGUACGGUAACACUGGGUGAACAAUUUUUUUGCAAACCGACUGCUACAGCACCGCACUGCCAAAGAGACAUGACUGAUCCCAGCAAACUUUCCGUGGCCGUGGUCUGCUCCUCAAACAUGAACCGCUCGAUGGAGGCGCACAACUUCCUGGCCAAGAAGGGCUUCAACGUGCGCUCCUACGGCACCGGCGAACGCGUCAAGCUGCCGGGCAUCGCGUUCGACAAGCCGAAUGUUUACGAGUUCGGCACCAGCUACGAGGACAUCUACCGCGACCUGGAGGCGAAGGACAAGGAGUUCUACACACAGAACGGCCUGCUGCACAUGCUGGACCGCAAUCGGCGCAUCAAGAAGUGCCCCGAGCGCUUCCAGGAAACCAAAGAGCAGUUCGACAUCAUCGUGACCGUGGAGGAGCGCGUCUACGACCUGGUGGUGCUGCAUAUGGAGUCCUUGACCUCUGUGGACAACCGGCCCGUGCACGUUAUCAACGUGGAUGUGGUGGACAACGCGGAGGACGCGCUAAUGGGCGCCUUUCUCAUCACGGACAUGAUAAACUUGAUGGCCAAGUCCAUGGACCUGGACAACGACAUCGACGAAAUGAUCCAGGAGUUUGAGGAGCGUCGCAACCGGGUUAUCCUGCACUCGGUGCUCUUCUACUGACGACCGACGUUAAACAGUUCGUGUCCAGCUCCAAUACCAACACCAGAAUCCCGUAGACUCCCUGCGCUCCCUGCGCCGAGUGGUUCCCGUUGGUUUUUUUUCCCGAAGACCGGGAUCACCGAACGCGGAGCAUAGGACGUAGGGCUGCGGGUCCCGGAUUGGGAGCCUAGUAUCUAAGAAUUUUGUACAUAGAGAGGGGCCAUCGCUGCAGCGGACACACACACAUGCACGCAUCCAAAUCCACAUCCGAUUCAAAAUCCACACUUCACCUGCAAGCACUGGCUCUUGAAUAUGAAAUUAACACACAUCAACAAUUGGCGUCCAUUACAACAGUGAGGCUCCGAAACGAAACCCUUUGAAUGUAGUAUAUGUACGUGUCCGUAUUUCUUGUAUUCCGGCCGUCGAGCCGCGGUCGUUCUGCUCGUCGUCCCCGGCUUUUAUCACUGGCUUUCGUUUCCCCCAGCUGGCAACAGGGGCCAAACAUCUGGCUCCCCGUUCUCCUUUCUCCGCGCCGAUCCAAUCCGAUCCGAUCAGUUUUAUAUAUGUAUGUAAACAAAACUCGCAGCACACAAAUCCGUGCGUGUGCGUGUGUGAAUGAGCAUGGAGCCAGGGGCGGAUCGGGACUGGGACCGGGAUUGGGCCCUCGUAGGCAGGGGCCGUAGUUAAUAAUCUAACAUAGUUUUACGAGUUGUUCAGACAGGGCUACACGCCUGCCAUUUUCAUAGCCUAAAUUGGUAGCUGAAGAUCACUGUGCGUUUUAAAAAAUAGCCAAAGGCCUGAAACGGGCGCCAAUACACAAAACUAAAUACAGUGCCAGUUCGAUAUGGUGAAUUAAUAAACCAUUCAAGGGUCUUGACUACGUAAAUUGUGUUCACUGUAAUGAUUGGAAUAAAAACGUACGCCAAUUGAGGCGGCUUUCUUGUUGACAUCUGAAA